AUGAUUUUCUCGAUGGGUUGUGGAGGGAGUCGGGCGGACGCAAUCAUCGAGCCGAGGUACCAUGAGAGCUGGACCAGGGAGACCGAAUCGACCUGGCUUACCAAUACCGACGUAGAGUCCCCCCUGUCUGUAGCAAACAGUAAAGCUCUGGAGGCCAGUCUGAGGGAGAAGAGGAUGGUGAACACAGGCACCCAGUGUGGGAAGCAGGCCCUCACCACCACUGGCUCCAACCACCAGAGGAGACUCAGGCGCUCCUUCAGUGAUCAAACCACUCGUGACUCCAAAAGGAGGGCAUCAAAGGAGGCCAGUGCUUUGUCUAAAGAUGGGCAGUCUGUCAAUAUCAACAGUAGUGGAGACGCCGAAGCUGGGAACGCGUGUGAUGAAAGAUGA